AAGAGAAACCUUGUGCCAUACGGGACCGUCUGCUUCUCUUUCCUCUAAUCAUCUCUCUCUCUCUCUCUCUCUUGCCCUUAUAUUCAUCCCAGACCCAUUCAUUUUCUUCUGCUCUUUUCAUGGCGUCUUCCUACGGCGGUAGACUUGAUACAUCGACAAACUUACACCAGAUAACUACAGCUGGGAGCAGCUUCACUUUCCCUACCCACUCAUUCAUGAACACAUCUUUCACUGGCCUCCUCAACUCCUCUUCUCUCGACGACGAUGAACAGCUCAAGGUCGCCGCUGUAAAUUCCGCUGAUGAAACCACCAGGCGUGGUGGGUUAUCGUUGUCGGAUCGAAUCGCGGAGAGAACCGGGUCGGGUGUGCCCAAGUUUAAGUCGAUAUCGCCUCCUUCUCUCCCUCUCUCUCCUCCUCCUUUCUCGCCUUCUUCUUACUUUGCUAUUCCUCCUGGGUUGAGCCCAGCUGAGCUUUUGGAUUCUCCUGUACUGUUAAGCUCUUCUAAUAUUUUGCCGUCCCCAACAACUGGAACUUUUCCAGCUCAAGCUUUCAAUUGGAAGGGCAAUAACCCACAAGAAAUCAAACAAGAAAACACAAACAAUUACUCUGAUUUCUCUUUUCAGCCCCGACCAAGACCACCCACAUCAUCAACUGGCUUCCAAUCUUCUGCAACAACAACAACAAUCACAACUGCAACACAACAGUCAUGGAGUUUCCAAGAAUCUUCCAAGCAAGAUAUGGUAAAACCCGAUUAUUCUUCCAUGCAGAGCUUCUCUCCUGAGAUUUCUACCAUACAGACUACCACCCAAAGCACCAAUAAGACCUCUGGGUUCCAAUCGGAUUGUGGGAAUUACCAUCAACAACAGCCACAGGGUCACAGAGAAAGCAGGAGAUCAGAUGAUGGGUAUAAUUGGAGAAAAUAUGGGCAGAAACAAGUGAAAGGAAGUGAAAAUCCAAGGAGUUAUUACAAGUGCACAUACCCAAAUUGUCCAACCAAGAAGAAAGUUGAAAGGUCUUUAGAUGGGCAGAUUACUGAGAUCGUUUAUAAGGGUACCCAUAACCAUCCUAAGCCUCAGUCUACUAGGAGAUCAUCAUCAUCAUCAUCCUCAUCGUCCAUAGCUUCUUCUCAUGUAAUUCAGGGCUCUAAUCAACUUUCUGGUGAAAUCCCAGAUCAGUCAUUUGUCACAAAUGGUAUUGGUCAGAUGGAUUCUGCUGCGACACCAGAUAAUUCUUCCAUAUCAAUAGGGGAUGAUGACUUUGAUAGGAGCUCCCAGAAGAGUAAAUCUGGUGGUGAUGAUCUUGAUGAAGAUGAACCUGGUGCCAAAAGAUGGAAAAUAGAAGGGGAAAAUGAAGGAAUUUCAGCUCCUGGGAGCAGAACUGUGAGGGAACCUAGAGUUGUGGUCCAAACAACCAGUGACAUAGAUAUUCUAGAUGAUGGAUACAGAUGGAGGAAAUAUGGGCAGAAAGUAGUCAAGGGAAACCCAAAUCCAAGGAGUUACUAUAAGUGCACAUACCCUGGUUGCCCUGUAAGAAAGCAUGUUGAGAGGGCAUCCCAUGAUCUUAGGGCAGUGAUCACCACCUACGAGGGAAAACACAACCAUGACGUCCCACCUGCUCGUGGCAGCGGAAGCCAUUCUAUUAAUAGGCCACCAUUUCCUGAUAACAACAACAAUAGCAAUAGCAACAAUGCAGCAAUGACAAUAAGGCCGAUAGCUAAUGUCACCGACAACUCUAUAACUUAUCCUCUCCGCAACUUAAGGCAGCAAUCAUCCGAAGGGCAAUCACCCUUAAGCCUAGACAUGCUGCAGAGCCCUGGGAGUUUCGGGUUCCCGGGAUUCGGAAACCCUUUGGGGUCUUACAUCCCUCAGGCACCAAACACCAAUAAUAUGUUCCCUAGAGCAAAGGAAGAACCAAGAGAUGACUUGUUUCUUGAGUCAUUGCUAUGUUGAAGCCAGUUGGGAGUGGAUGGAUUUGGAGUUUUGAAGACAGAAGAAGAAAGUAGAAGGAAUAAGAAGGUGGAAAGAUUCAUUUUUAGGUUCAUUUAAUUUAUUGACAUUCUGUUUGUUUGUUUGUUUGUUUGUUUGUUUGUAUAUUUUUUAUCCUACACGGGGAUUCGGUUUUGUAUAUUCAUAAUUGCUUGAUACAGGAAUUCCUAAACUCCAUUUUUUUU